AUGUUAGAAACUCACAGUCCUGAAGGUGACAUUGGAUGCCAGCUGGAUGCACAAAAAGACCAUUGCCAACCACUUACGACCCAGAAUGGAGAAAGUCGGAAUGAACCUCAAACCAAGAGCAUUUCUGUGCAGACGGAGCAUAAAAACAAGCAAGAUGCUGAGACAGUCACAGAUGGGGAGACUGAGCAGAUCUUGAAGCAACUUAUCAGCUGCAGAGAACAGCUAAAGAACAGUUACCAAGAGGUGCUGGACAGGCAGACCCAGUCAGAAAAACACCUGCAUGUUCAAAUCAAACAACUAAAACAGAAGAGAGAAGAAGAAAUACAAAAACAAAAGGAAUAUAUAAAAUCUAUUCAGGAUGUGACAGUUAAGAGGGAAGAGUCCAGGAAAAGGGCAGAGAAAGAGGGGAGAGAAUUAUCCCAGAAAGAACAAGAUCUAAGCAUUGAACUUUCCAGACUGCAGAGCAAGAGUGAGAGCCUUCUGCAAGAGCAAGCUGAGCUUGAAAAUAAGAUUGUGGAGCUCCUUGCUGAGCAGACUGCAGAAAGGGAAGAGUUGGAUGCCGAACUGGAGUCGUUAAGGAAGAAAGAAAAUGAGGUUACACAGGGUGCCUUGAAGGAGCUAGAGCGUGCACAAAACGCUGAGGUGCUUUCACUGGAGAGCCGGAGACACUUGUUGCUUAUAUCUUUAGAUGAAGCAGAAAAGGAUGCAGAAGUAACUUUAUCCUACCUUAGAGUUGCACCACCUCAUAAGGAAUGGCUUCAACUUAAACAGAGAUGGGAGGCUAGGCUAGCUGGAAUCAAGCAAAUGAAAGCAAAUCUUCAUGAACAGUUUGAAGUGCAAAUAAAACAGGUCAAAAGUGGGACUAAAUUAGGCAACCUUCCUUCAAUACUGGCUCCAAAUCUGCCGCCUCCUCCCUCUGAUCCCAACCUCAUGCUACAAAAAGUUGCAUUUGCAACUCCUCCAAUGCCCAGCCAAGGCCCAGCUGUUCCAUUAUCAGCACCAAUACCAUCUAAAGACCAUGCAUUCCAGCAGCCAUUUCUUGGUCCAACAUCGUAUCUUUAUCAGCGCCCACCUCCAUUGGCAUUUACUCCAGGGAACUUCAUGGGUCCCUUACAGUCAGCUCCAAGGUUAUCUGGUAUAUCUGACCCUCACAGCAGUACUGAUAUUCCAGGGCCCCCAAGUACAGACAAGCUAAACAAGAUUCUGGAGAAGCUGCAAGCCAGGUUUCCACAGUGCAACAAGGCACAGUUGACUGACAUUUUGCAGCAAGUUAAGUUGAAACGUGGAACACUUGCUGGUCUUACUGUGGAAGAACUGUGCCACCUUGUAGCUACACAGCUGCAGGAACCACUACUAAGAGAAGCUUCAAAUCCAGCUCUUAAAGUUACACAGCCUAUUGGACAUGGUAGACCCCAGUAUCAGAACAUACAACGAACUUCACCAUUCUUGCAGUCGGCUACAGGAGCAUAUGCAGUACGUCCACAGUUGUGUCUUAUCUGUCAGAAGAAUGUGAAGCCCCAUGACCUGCAGCCCAUGUCUUGCAAUCAUGUCAUGCAUAUAGAGUGCAAUCGAUUCUGGACUAUAACCAACAAAAACAAUUCCUGCCCCUUCUGCCCAAACCAAAGAUGA